AUGUCUUCAAUUCUUUCCACAAUUGCACAAGGUCUCGAAGGAGAAGUCUUUGAGCUUGAUAGUGAUGGUUAUGACGCUUCUUUGAAAUCUUAUUUUACUCUCCAGGAGGCACAGCUGAAACCAACUUUCAUCAUCGCCCCUAAAUCUGCUCUGGAUGUCGCCCAGGUUCUAAAGUCUUUGAGAACUAUAAAUUCUGCGUCUGAUAUUGCUACAAAAUUGGCUGUUAGAGGAGGCGGUCACAGUCCGUUUGCAGGUAGCGCUAAUAUUGACAAUGGUAUUACAAUUGACCUGCGAAAAAUUGACACCGUUGAAGUAAACGAAAGUAAGGAUAUUGUCUCAGUCGGAGGAGGUGCUAUCUGGGGUCAAGUAUAUGACAAGCUUGAUGCUUUGGGGUUGUCUGUAGUUGGGGGCCAUGUCUAUGAUGUAGGGGUUGGAGGAUUUAGGGCUAGUUUGGAUGUACAAAUCCGCGCUGGAUCCACUGAAUAUUCCGCUCUUUUUGAAAACGGAUUUUGA